AUGGGCGAUUGCUUCGAAUUGGAGUUGGAGAAGGGAAUAGAGGACGCAAUUUCUCGAACACGAUUCGCGCCCCACUCUAACAACCUUCUCAUCUCUUCCUGGGAUUCUAGUCUUCGCCUCUACGACGUUGACGCUUCGGUCCUCAGACUCGAAGCUCCUUCGCAGGAUCCUCUUCUCGAUUGCUGCUUUCAGAACGACGUCGUUGCUUUCUCCGCCGCCUCCGAUGGAUUGAUCCGAAGGUAUGACUUGCAUUCUGGACUUGUUGAUACAGUGGGUAGUCACGAUGAUAUGGCAACGUGUAUUGGAUAUUCCAAUGAAACUUGUCAGUUGGUCACAUCUGGAUUUGACAAAAAGUUAGUGUUAUGGGACAUGCAUAUGGAGAACGCUUCUUCGUGUUUGAGAAAUCUGGAUGCAGAGGUGGACUCCAUGUCUGUCUGUGGCUUUAACCUUAUUAUAUCUAUCGGAGCAUCAGUUCAUGUUUAUGAUUUACGUAACUUUGACAAACCAGUUCAGUCAAAGGAAGCAUUCAAUGGAACGCACUUAAGAUGUGUCAGUUCAAUUCCAAGUGCAGAAGGUUUUGCGGCUGGGUCAGUAGAUGGACGAGUAUCACUGCAGAUUACGUAUCCAUCCAGUUCAAAUGAUAUUGGAUAUAUAUUCCGGUGUUCUCCAAAAUCGAAGGAUGGUGGACGGCAUUACUCGGUCUCAGUGAAUGACAUUGCAUUCAGUCCACUUGUAUGUGGUGCUUUUGCCACUGGUGACAAUGAAGGUUAUGUUUCCAUAUGGGAUGCUGGAAGUAAGAGAAGAUUAGUCGAGUUGCCAAAGUACCCAAAUAGUGUUGCAUCCUUAUCAUAUAACCACGUGGGACAGCUUCUGGCUGUAGCAUCAAGCCAUACUUACCAAGAAGCAAGUGAAAUGUGA